AUGGGGCUGCAGGAUACGAUGACCGAUGAGAAGAAGUCAUCGACGAUCCAGGAGCCGUCGUUGAAUGGGACUAGCGAUGCCUCCAGCAUCCUGAGCGACACCCGCGCUCAGGACAUACUCCCCUAUGAAGCCGACGAUUCCCCAUUUCCCGAAGUGCGCGCGGUCGUCAAACCGGUUGAUGACCGGCAGCUCCCGGUUAAUACUGUUCGCAUGUGGGUGAUUGGUAUGGUUUUCACAAUUGUCGGAAGUGGCUUGAACCAAUUCUUUAGUCUGAGACAACCCAGUGUAACUAUUAGUGCUCUUGUUGCCCAGCUCCUAGCAUUUCCGGUCGGAUGUGCGUGGGCGCAAUGGAUGCCCCUGGGCUGGUUUAACCCGGACCGCCAUUUCAACAUCAAAGAGCAUGCCCUGAUCACAAUCAUGUCCAACGUCUCUUUCGGGUCGGCAGCUGCCACUCAAGUGAUCGAGGCCAUGGUUAAGUUCUACGAUAUGCCUUCUCAUGGAGGAUUCGAGAUCUUAUUGAUGAUUACUACGCAACUGUUUGGGUUUGGUCUGGCGGGGAUGGCCGCACGCUGGCUCGUGGGUCCAGCCACUAUGAUCUGGCCGCAAGUCUUGUCGAACGCUGCUUUGCUUUCGACCCUGCAUUCGCGCCAGAAUCUGAUGGCAGAUGGCUGGAUAAUUAGCCGACUUCGGUUCUUUAUGAUUGUAUUUGUGGCUGGGGCAAUCUGGUACUUCGCUCCAGGCUACCUCUUCACAGCACUAAGUACAUUCAGCUUCAUCUGCUGGAUCGUACCGGACAAUGUGGUGGUCAACCAGCUCUUUGGCCAAAAGACAGGGUUGGGCAUGUCCUUGUUGACCUUCGACUGGGCUCAGGUUGUCUACGCCAACCAAAGUCCCUUGUUAGUCCCAUUCUGGGCAGGCCUUAACGUUAUCGGUUCGUUUGUGCUCUUCUACUGGAUCAUCUGCCCGAUUAUCUACUAUACCAACACAUGGUAUUCGGCCUACCUUCCUCUGCUGAACCCAGAUACGUUCGACAAUACGGGCAAGCCAUAUAAUACAAGUCGCGUAAUGAACGCAGACGGAACAUUCAAUGUGGAGGCAUACCGCAACUAUUCGCCCAUGUUUCUCCCGGCCGGGUAUGCCAUGACGUAUGGCGUGGCCUUUGCGAAUCUGACGGGCAUCUUCGUCCACGUCGCAUUGUAUCACGGGAAAGAUCUAGUUGAGCAAUGGAAGGGUAGGAACGCGAAAGAUGUUCAUGCCCGGAUCAUGGACACCUAUGAAAGUGUGCCAUGGUGGUGGUUUGGCGGCAUCACGGUUGUAAUGUUUGCGCUGAGCAUAGUGGCCAACGAGGUCUGGCGUACGGACCUCCCGGCGUGGGCGGUUCUUCUGGCAUAUCUGCUACCCAUCAUAUACAUCAUCCCCGUUGGUAUCAUCAAAGCGAUCACCAAUAUAUCCAGCAACCAACUAAAUUUGAUCACCGAAUUUAUCGGUGGCUAUGCUUUCCUAGGACGACCAGUCGCAAACAUGGCGUUCAAGUUUUAUGGCUAUGCGGGCGUGUCGCAGGGACUCGAAUUCGUGGCCGACAUGAAACUGGCGCACUAUCUCCAUAUCGCGCCACGAACGCUGUUUGUCGCGCAGGGCAUGGCCACAUUGGUCGGUGCCGUUGUUCAGUGCGGUGUGACUGUGUUCAUGAUCACUCGGAUCCGCGGGGUCUGUACCCCUGAGGCUGAGGGAGGCUUUACCUGCCCUCAUGGCCAGGUAACUUAUUCGUCAUCCUUGAUCUGGGGUGUUCUCGGUCCCGAUCGAAACUUCAGUCCCGGCCAGAUGUACGGGAAUCUGCUUUGGUUCUUCCUUGUUGGACCCGCCGUCGUGGUGAUCACAUGGCUUCUGGGCCGACGGUGGAAGAAGGUCAACUACCUUUCUUGGCCCGUUGCAUUUGGCGCCAUGAGCCUCGUCCCUCCUGCGACGGGAAUCAACUUUUCUUCGUGGUGGUUGGUCAAUGUGAUCUUCAAUGGGGUUAUCAAACGGCGCAAGCCUGCCUGGUGGUCAAAGUAUAACUAUGUGCUUUCUGCCGCACUCGACUCCGGGGUUGCCGUGUCCACCGUCAUUAUAUUCUUCUGCAUAAUUUUACCAGCUGGGCCGUUGAAGUGGUGGGGCAACACCGUGUAUCGGAAUACAGCCGAUGCACACGGUGUGCCAUAUAACAGACUUCCAGAUUCGGGAUAUUUUGGACCUGCAAAGGGGACCUGGCAAUAA